GUCAGGGUGCAGCUGGAACCUGGCACUUUUACCUCCAUGGAUCCCCUAAACCUCUCUUGGUACAACGGUGACAUCGGUGACAGGAACUGGAGCAAGCCACUCAAUGAGUCCAGUGCAGACCAGAAGCCUCAGUAUAACUACUAUGCCAUGCUGCUCACCCUCCUCAUCUUUGUCAUUGUUUUUGGCAAUGUGCUGGUGUGUAUGGCUGUAUCCAGGGAAAAAGCCCUUCAGACUACCACUAAUUACCUGAUCGUGAGUUUGGCAGUGGCAGAUCUCUUGGUAGCAACUCUGGUCAUGCCUUGGGUGGUCUAUCUGGAGGUGGUUGGUGAGUGGAGGUUUAGUCGGAUCCACUGUGAUAUCUUUGUAACCCUUGAUGUUAUGAUGUGUACUGCCAGUAUCCUCAACCUCUGUGCCAUCAGCAUUGACAGGUACACAGCAGUAGCAAUGCCAAUGCUGUAUAAUACCCGCUACAGCUCGAAGCGCAGGGUCACGGUCAUGAUUGCUGUGGUCUGGGUGCUUUCAUUUGCCAUCUCCUGCCCACUCCUCUUUGGCCUCAACAACACAGAUGAGAAUGAGUGCAUCAUUGCCAAUCCUGCCUUUGUUGUGUAUUCCUCCAUCGUCUCCUUCUACGUUCCCUUCAUUGUCACCCUGCUGGUGUAUGUGCAGAUUUACAUAGUGCUCCGGAAGCGCCGGAAGCGUGUCAACACCAAACGCAGCAGUCACAGAGUGGACUCAGGCACACAAGCCCCACUAAAGGACAAAUGCACUCAUCCAGAAGACGUCAAGCUCUGCACAGUUAUUGUGAAGUCCAAUGGGAGUUUCCAAGUUAAUAAACGCAAAGUGGAGGCGGAGAGUCACAUAGAAGAGAUGGAAAUGGAGAUGGUGUCCAGUACCAGUCCCCCUGAGAAAACCACCAUCAAACCAGCAGCACCAAGUAACCAUCAGUUGGUUGUGCCAGUUGCUUCUAAUCAGGGCACCAACUCAACCCUGCAGGCACCGUUGGACAGCCCUGGGAAAGUCGAGAAGAACGGACAUGCCAAAGAAACCCCCCACACAGCCAAGGUCUUUGAGAUCCAGUCUAUGCCCAAUGGCAAGACAAGGAUCUCUCUCAAGACUGUGAGCAGGAGGAAACUAUCGCAACAGAAGGAAAAGAAAGCCACUCAGAUGCUAGCCAUUGUACUCGGUGUUUUCAUCAUCUGCUGGCUCCCAUUCUUCAUCACUCACAUCCUGAACAUGCACUGCGAUUGCAACAUCCCCCCAGCUAUGUACAGCGCCUUUACGUGGCUUGGAUAUGUCAACAGUGCUGUCAACCCAAUUAUUUACACCACGUUCAACAUUGAAUUUCGCAAGGCUUUCAUGAAGAUCCUCCACUGCUAAAAGUAAAAACAGCAACCACAUUUUUAAGAAUGAGAAAAAAGAAACCAAUGCCAUUCAUGCACACAGACGGGCAGGUCUUGAGCUCUUGUAUUGCGCACGAGGCUCACAGUGUUACAACAGUGCCAUGCCCACGCGCCUCUUGGUGGGGAUGUAAUGAGGACUUUCAUGUGGGAGGUUGUCUCAUCCCUCGAGGUGACCUUCAGACUCUGGGACACCAAUCCCAAGGGCACUUUUCAGAGCUACCCUCACACUGUGUUUAAAGUGGAAGCAAAAAUCAAGACACACUCACUUGAUUCUUGCCUGUGGCCAUCUACCCUUGAGUGCAUUAAACACAGACAGUCGCAGAGCCAUGUGAAGGUAGCGAUAGGUCACUGCCGCUACUGGCUUGCGUGUUAUGUCAUUGAUACAGUUCUCACCAAAGACAAGACCAUCUUUUCUGCUUUGCAAUAGAAGCCAGACAGAGCUUGCGGAAAGUCCGUGCAAUAGCUUUGCCUUCACCUUGAGCUGACUUGCCCAAUAUUAAACUGCUGAAGCCUUGAGAAAAAAACUUUAAGAGGUCCCCAAAUGGGCUAAGAUGGUUCUGCCUCCUACAAAACCAAUCCCUGCAACAAUGUGGGCCUACAAGCAAUGGGCAGAAGGAAGAAGGGGAGCAUAAGCCUCAUGUGGGACCACUACAUCAGUAUAAAUAUGAAUAAAUAGGAUGAAUUGAACAGAAGCCGAAGCCAAAAAAUAGAUGGAGAGAAACUAAAGAAGUGAUACCUUGUAUUGCAUGGUAUACGUUCAGAUCAAACAGGACACCAACUAUCAUCUAUCAUCAGCCAGCCCAGCAGCUAUUUCUGCCCACCAGCAUUUCAUCUCCAGUCUCUUACAAGAAGUUACAAAACUAGGUGAGAAGCGUUAGUGUGGUGAAUGUAGAAACAUGAAGACAGUGUGCCAGGUGAGGCAUCUGCAGCCAUGGCUGUCUCAGAUGUGAUCUUGAACAAGUCAGCUAAGUUAGGUCCAGUUCUUCUCACCUAACUUCAGGGCACCACGAAGCCAAGGACCACCUCAGAUAUUAUUUGCCUAUGUCUCUCAGUAGAGAGAGCGCAGGAUAACAUUGUGCCUAAUUCAAAAUAAGAGUAAACUAGGUAAAAAUGUGUGUUUUGGAAAAGCCAGAAUAAACCCCAAGGAAGUCCCUAGCUGGACCAGCUCCUGUGUCCAAGUUGGACUCUGGAAAAGCUGGAUGUUUCCAGUAUACCUUCCCCUCUGGUAUCUUUCAUGGAUGAAAACAAUUGAAAACCCAUAACAGCAUAAUUUCAUCAUGCUGACUCUGGCAUUGACAAAUCCACACUGUAGUUAGGAAUUGUACUCAGUUUACAAUAGAUUUUGUAAUAUCUCUGUAAAUAAAAUAUAGUAAGAUGGAUAAAAUUACACGGAAAAAGAUCUGGCUAGAAAUUAAUGUAGGAUCCGGACAUCUAGAUGAUUACAAUAGCCGUAUGCACAGGCAGGGUCCAAAGUUCUAGUCACCUGCUGUAGGUCCUAUGUAUUAACUGAAUAAGAGGGUACGUGCUCAUCAGAGCAUUUUGUUGACAUAUGUGAAACAGGUGUUGCAUGAUGCUGUCAGACCAAAAUGUUAUGAAUAUGGAAGAUGGGGCCAGUCACCCUUCUGUCUUAGCAUCGUAAUGCACAGCUAGGGAACCUUUGUACUUUGUACCUUAAUAGGAUUAUAGGCAAGGGAAAAAACACUUCUUACAGAAGCACAGGAAAGUUUCCAAUCCUUUUUUAAUCAGAAAAUUGGAAACACUAACUCAAGAGAUCUCAGGCACACAUUAUCUGCUCUUUUUCUUUUUCCUCCCGAUUUUAACGAAGCAAGUUCACUCGGUGAUAGGAAUCAACUCAGACUAGUAUUAAUUAAAAGAUUCAAAGAAUAAUGUAAAGUCAGUAGGUUAUUUGGUGGAAAAAUGAUAACAAGAUACCGCUCAAUUUUCUAACAUAUUUACAAUCGCAAAGCAGAAAGGUGCCAUUUGACUUAGUGAAUUAACAGGUGGGGAGCUCAAUCAAAAUAGAAAAUAAUACGCAUAUGGAAGUUGCCAUAGGUGAUACUUGCUCUGUACUAAAACCUGGUGUGAGUCCUCAAAACGAGGACUAUGUGAAUAAUGUCUUAACUUUGUGCCAUAAUUUUAUUUUGUUUUCAGUGUUAACCAAGGACAAAAUCAUCAUCUUCAGUACUGUGUACCUCUUUCAAAAAUUUUGUUUCUGAAUCUAGAUGCAGAACCUUAUAGCUCAACUCACCUGAACUACUAGAUGAAAAAACUCUUCCAAAACAUCGUGGAGGAAAAGAGCUGCUGAAAAAGGGCCUAUGUCCUUCAUACAUUUUCUAACUUGGACUAAAAGAACCAGGUGUAAUUUCCUGGGGAUUAAGUAUUUGUUGGGAGAAAUUACCUGCAGCCUACAUUCAUCGCAAUGACAUAUUAAGCCACUCAUUCCUAACACUCCAGACUUAAAGGUAUCUUGUGGGAAUAUCUGUAUCCCCACUGCCCUUGGAAAGGUGGUAAUGCCACGUCUGUUCAUCUCCUCUGCAGCAGGUUUUCCUUUCCCACAACACAUCUACACUUAAAGACAAGAAAUUACAGCACCCAUGAAUCAGGCCUUCAUAACUCUUUUCGAGAGAGGACCGAGAUAUAUCAUCACCUCUGGCUUUACAAAGAAUAAACUAAUGCCAAGAGCAAGGACAAUCUUUGCAAUCUGUUUGUACAGCACCUGGCACAAUGACAACCAGCCCAUAGCUGUGAUGGAAGCUGUUUGUAGAAACUUCUGAAAAUUACGAGGAGUCAGUUGCAUCAUACAGGACUCUGAGGACUCUUGCCCACAUAUCUGAGUCUGUUACUUCCACGCUGGAAAAAAUACUGCUUUCCCAAGAACUUCAGAUUGCAGGACAUGCUGAUGAUGGUAAGGGUGCUGAUAUAUUUUUAAAAACACAUAAAAACACACUAGUGAGAUUUCAUUUCUUCACUCCUGAAGAAC